GUGUAAUUUUAUUUGGAUUAGAUUUGCAAUGUCUUGAAAUGCGUAGAAGUCAUAUUCAAAAAAAAUCUUAUUCACAUCUUAAAUCUGAAUCACAAAAAAUUCAUCGCUUAAAACAAUUAGCUUUGGAUAUUCAGUCUUGUUCUAAAGAAUUAUUUGAAAAACAUGGAUUUUUUGAAACAAAUUUAAAUUAUUUAGGAAUUAAAAUUUUUAAUGAACAAGUUAAAAUAGAUUUUGCAAAAUCAACAUUAUCUACAUAUCUUGAUUCUAUUGUCUAUGCAUGUGACAAAGGUUUAAUUUCACAAGAUAGUUGUAGCAAUUUCAUCUUUUUUAGAGCGAGA